AUGAUGACUGACGCGGUAAGCCUUGCUAUCCCGGAAGACUCGGGGUACUCAACCACAUCGACUCCCAAAGAGCGGAAUAGGAGCUCGGGAAAGAGGAUAUCCCACAGAAAAUCGCGUACGGGCUGCAAGACAUGCAAAGGCAGAAAGGUCAAGUGUGACGAACUCCACCCGUCAUGUUCGCGAUGCGAGCGGUUGAGAAUCCGCUGCGAAUACACGCACCUCCAGAAGUCGUCUUCGCCGGAUGGUUACCACGACGCUCAUAGCCCGUACCUAAAGCGCGAGACGACCCCGAAACGGUGUUCAAGUGUCGUUGCUGCGGAGCUGGACUUCCUGCAACUCGAACUCUUGCACACGUACGGCACCUUCACCUGCGCCACGAUGGCGUGGUCACCGGCUCUCCGCGACUUUUGGAAAAUCACGGUGCCGAGUCUUGCGCUGAAGAAUAGCUACCUGAUGAGGGCCCUUCUCGCCAUACCAGCGCUCCAUCUAGCGCACCUCCGUCCCGAGCGAAGGGGCCUGUACGUUUCCGCCGCCCUUGAGUAUCACAGGGUAGCGUCUGAGACGACGAGAGCCAUGCUGCAAAGUGUCUCGGGGGACGAUGCGGUCCCUCUGCUCCUCUUUUCUGCACUGAACAUCAUUAUCGUCCUAGCUAUCCCGCAAAGGUCCUCCAAAGGCGUCAUCACCGACGAAGAUGCUAGCUUCAACGAUUUAACAGCCAUACUGAAAGGCAUGAAAGGCAUUUUGGAAGCCCUCUGGGACGACCUAUCCGAAAGCGCCCUGGCGCCUCUCCUGAACUACGGCAAAGAGAGAUGGAAUCUCCAGCAAAACCCAUGGCAGCCUCGGUUUGAGCCCCAGUCACACGCCGACUCCCUUCACGAUCUUUACGUGCGUAUAAGCAGCCGCGUAUCUGAUGCGGAUACACUUGCGGUUUACGCCAGGGCCAUAGAAGCCCUUCGCGACGCCGCGGACUGGGUGCGUUUCUGGGAGGGCGCGGAUGCGCUGGUCUGGAUGUACAGGUCGCUAGAGGAUUUUGUGCCCCUGCUGGAGUCAAGGAGCCAGGAGGCUCUAGUUGUGCUGGCGCACUUCGCGGUCCUUUUGAACGGCUGCGAGGCGCGAUGGUGGCUGCAGGGCUGGCCGGUGCAAAUCAUGUCCAACGUAUACCGGCAGCUGGACGACGAGCACAGGAUGUGGAUCUAUGGGCCGGCAACCGAGAUAGGUUGGAUAUUCCCUACGGAUGACGAAUGA